AUCGUGGUGGGGAGAAGAGGCGUGGUCACAAAUGUGCGCGUCCUAUCACAUAACUUACUUAUAACUUUGCUGUCCGAGACGUGAUCGCGUUCGACAUGGCUCUUUUGCAGGAGACUCUGCGCUCCCUACAUGCGCGGGAUUGGCAGAAAGGCUCUAAACAAGCGUCUCUUUUCGCAGUCGGCAUUUCCUUUAUCAUCGUCACAAUUUUUGUUGUAUCUCUUCGAAUAUAUGUGCGAACACGUUUACUGGGGCUACGAUUGGCGACAGAUGAUUACUUAAUGGCGGCGGGUGCUUUCUGCACAAACAUGCUUUCGAUUACCAACAUGAUUAGCGGGUGGUAUGGCACAGGCGAGCGCACACGCGACAUUCGCCCUCAAGACUAUACGCCUAUGCUCAAAGCAAACCUCGCGACGCGCAUUCUCUAUGUAUUUGCCAGCUGCCUUGUCAAGUUCAGUAUCUUGGUAUUUUACCAAAGACUUGAUCCACGGCGAAGAACCAGGUUGAUUGUGUACUUCCUCAUGGCCUGGGUUCUCGCACUAUCCAUUAUGACAUUCUUCUCCUUUGUAUUGACAUGCAUACCGACGUCGGUCUUCUGGGAUCUGGCAGCACAGGCGAAGAAUCCAGAGAAGUGUAUGUCGCCGACUACGCGCCAAAUCUUCUUUAACAUCAACAACGUCAUGAACAUCAUGCAAGAUCUUGCUAUAUACCUGGUUCCGGUAUUGAUCGUGUCCAACUUGCAAAUGCCACGAGCACAAAAGUUUGCGCUAGCCGCUCUUCUUGGUGUCGGACUCAUAGCAGUGGCAGCUGGCUGCGUGCGCUUCUACUACGUUCUUUUUCUCGUCAACAAAGUCGACGACGUUUACUACUACAUGGCCGACUCUUUCAACUGGUACAGUAUCGAGAUAUACAUCGGAAUCAUAUGCAGCUGCGCAUCGACCUUCAAGAUCCUCAUCUCAAGAUUCAUGCCUAAGAUAUCGCAUUACGUAGGAAGAAGCAACGGGCAGUCGACCGGAAAAACGCCACGUAACCAGCGCGAAGGAUCCCGUAGCGAUCCGAUCUUCAUGAAGCGUCUUUCGUCAAACAGACUGACUGGCAACCGCAAGUAUGGAGUCGAAGGGAUCACGGAGAUUGGCAAUGAGAGUCAAGAGGCGAUGGUGAAAAGCCAAUAGUGCUGGACUUGAUGAGGAAAAAGAGCUGACGAUCGUGUGCUUCAUAAUGUCAUUGGGCGGAAUCUGUUAGUCAAUAUUCGCGAAAUGUUCUAGAGUGACUGAUGUGCAGCAUUGAGUGCUCAUCACCAGGAGUCUUAAAAUAGCCGGGCAAUGAAAGCCCAGGCAUAAAAAGUUCAAGUUGUCUCAUAAUAAAGUAAUAAUACACAGCACGAUGCAAUCUG